AUGAAGAGAAAUACUCUUGCGGCUAUCGCCCUUGGGCUCACCGCCUCAACCGUCUCUGCUCAGAGCGGAGCAUGGCAACAAUGUGGUGGUGUGCAAUACACAGGUCCGACGACUUGUGUCUCCGGUUACAGCUGCAAGUAUCUUAACGAUUACUACUGGCAAUGUAUCCCCAGCGAUCAGGUGGGAACGACGACCACCACCACUCGUGCAAGCACUACCCCCGCCACGACAAUCAAGACAACUACUACCACGACUACCACAUCGUCGGUACGAACUUCGUCGUCGUCCUCUUCGUCUGUGAGGACAAGUUCGACGACUACGAAGUCAACCACGACCUCAACCAGAACCACUACAUCCUCGAGCGCCACCGCAACAUCGACUGGUACUCCUGGAAUUAAGUACUGGUUUAGUUUUGGUGACUCCUACACCCAAACCGGAUUUGACCCCAAUGGUGUUCAACCAGCAAUUGGAAACCCACUUGGAAACCCCCCUUAUCCAGGUUGGACUUCUGCAAAUGGUCCAAAUUGGAUCGAUGUUGCUACUGUUAAAUACAACCGCUCCUUGGUUCUUACCUAUAACCUCGCCUACGGUGGUGCCACCAUCGAUGCCAACCUCGUUCAACCAUACGCUAGCAAUGUCCUCUCGCUCACCGACCAAACCAACCAAUUCCUCACCUACUAUGCCAACAAACCCGCUAGCGCUCCAUGGAGCUCGUCGAACACACUAUUUUCUGUAUUCAUUGGUAUCAACGAUAUUGCCAACUCGUGGUGGAAGCCCGAUUGGCUUACUUUCGUUGAUACCUUGUUGACCGCUGAAUUCGCACUUGUCGAGAAGAUGUACAACUCCGGUGGUAGACAAUUCUUGAUUUCCAACAUCCCUGCUAUUGAGAGGACUCCAAUGAUGUUGGCAGAUACCCAAGCCGCAAGAGAUGGACUUAAAGCAGCACUUGCGCUGUGGAGCACCAAGUUGCAGACUUAUAUUACCAACUUCAAGGCUACACACUCUGGGACUACAUUCUGGUUCUACGACUCAUACGCUGAUUACAACACCGUCUUGAAUAACCCAGCUACCUUUGGAAUGAACCCCGAUGUCACUCUAUACGGAAACGACCUUACCUAUGCUUGGUCUAAUAACUUCCAUCCGGCAGUUAUCAUCCAGGACUAUAUGGGUAAGAGGGUUGCCGACCUCCUUGCCUCGUGGUGGUAA